AUGAGCUUUGCUAACAAGGAACUUAACAAACUUAAGCUGGUUCAUACGAGCACAGAAGUACAUCCUUCGAUCAACUACGUGAAUUAUGAUAGUUCCUAGUCGUUAAGAAUUUGGUGUAAAGUCGUAAACAUCGAAUAAUCAUCACGAAUUAAUAAAUGGUUUAAAAUACAUUUAUACGCAUUAGGGAAUUAACAAUAUAAUAAUAAUACUCGAUGCAUCAACACAGGAUGCUGCUUGUAUAAGUGAAUCAACGGAGCGGAAAUUAAAUGGAAAAAUAAAACAACGUUAUAGAUUUUAAUCGUAAAUACAUAGAAUAUAAACAUAACAAGUGCAGUACCAGGAUACGAAUUGUAUGGCAACAUAGGACAUUAUCGAUCAGAAAAACCAUCAUCAACGACAGAAAAAGACAUAACCGGAAAUGGCGAGUGGUGACAUCGUUGAGCGUCUUCAUGACUCGUUUCUCAGCUGCCCCAUCUGUUUCCAGCCGUACAACCGUCCUAAAGCGUUAACUUGCUUGCACACGUUCUGUGAGGGCUGUAUCCGGGAUUACGUCACGUCACGUUUCGAUGGACAUGGUCAGUUUCCGUGCCCGCUCUGCAGACAGACCAUAUACAUUCCUGUCGGCGGGGUUUCCAGUUUCCCAAACAACCACUUCAUCGUCGGCCUCGGCGACACCGUCCAGGGAUACGAGCACCAGUCUCGUGAUACUUGUUUAUCGUUGAACGUCCAGCACGAGCGCUCGCCGCUAUUGCCGGGCGCAUCCACGGAACAUUUCUCACCUGAAAAACCGAACAAACUUAUUCGCAGAUUUGGGGAAUACGGCACGCAGCCUCAUCAGUUCAUACAGGCGACUGGGAUGGCGGUUUCACUUUUUACUGACGAUGUAUUUGUGUCUGACUGCACGUUAAAUACAAUUGCUGUAUUUAGCAGCACGGGUCAGUUGCGCCACAGUUUCUCAUGUGACUGCUCAGUUCGUGACGUCGCCGUCACCAGAGGAGGCACACUGCUUGUUACUGUAAGUAAGGCAGGCAACUCGCUGUUACGCGAGUACACUGUGGAAGGACGAAUUAUCGCAAAUUACGGAACUUUCUACAGCCAAGAAAAUCCGUUUGGGAUAGCGAUUUCAAGACAAGGAAAUCCUGUUGUGACGGGCAUCAGACAAAAUUGUGUUCACGUAUUGACCUCUCAGUAUAAGCCGUCGAUAAGAUUUGGAUCGAAGGGUCGGGGUGCAAGUCAUUUUACAUCGCCGUUCUUUGUUACACUUUCAAGUCAAGACGAAGUGAUAGUUUCUGACUGUGGCAAUCAUAGAAUCAAGGUUCAUAAAUUAGACGGUACGUUUGUUCGGGCGUUUGGAAAGCAGGGUACAAAGCCUGGGCAAUUAUUUUAUCCAAUGGGCGUCUGUGUUGACAAAUACGACAAUAUUUACGUGGCCGAUGCUAACAACUUCCGGGUGCAAGUGUUUUCUCGUGACGGAGAGCCGCUUGCAGUGCCCGUUAAAAAUACGUACGAGUACGGAAUAGACGUCAAACCCGUUAACGUUGUUUUCUGCAAGGAAAACGUCUUACUUGUGUUGCUGAGGGGAUCUAAGUUUUGUGAAAUACAAUCGUAUCUUUGUGAUGUUGAGAAAUUGAAACCUCUACAAAAACACAGUUGGACUGAUCUACUCUGUUGCAAGGUGUAAACUUUCAUUAGCUUUCAUUAUUUAAAGUGACACUUUAGUUCAAAAUCAAUGCAUACGCAUUUUUACAAACAAACAUUUUGAGCAAUAAACCUUUAACUACUUACUAAAUAAUGCAUUUAUGGAAGAUAUUGAUUACUACUAACAAGGUUGUAACCGUGUAUUUAAUAGCUGGAAUCGCAAAAACAUUAAAUGAUUGGUGAAUGCUAAAAUAUUUACUGUUAUCUACUAUCGUGUCAUAAGGUAGAAUUACCGUGUUUUCUACACAUUUCUUUCAGAUUAAACUCGAUAUCCUUCAUAAGAACCAUUGCUUUCAACAUUUACUCACCCUUUUUAGUAUAUUAAAAAAAUUGAAUUAAUUGUGGUAUAUCUUUGGGAGUAAGAGUGCAUCUUUAACAAGUCACAUUUGAUCAAAUUUCGUACUUUUUUGCAAAAGUGGAAUCAAUCGGUAUAACAUAAUCGUUCUUUUAUUUUCAUACGGCAUAAACAGAUAAUGUUGUUUCGGUUUCCCGACCUUCCCUAUUUUGUCCCCUACCCUAAAUCUGUUUAUUGCCUUGAAUCAUUUGUUUAUUUUUUUUAUUUUAUUUUUAUCAAGUUAAAAAUGAAGUGUUUUUGUCUAAUAAACAGAACAAGUGAAUCAAAUACUGCUUUUAAAUAUAUUCAUAUCAUUUAUAGUUUAUAGUUUUGGGUGACAAGGGGCAAAUUGCCUAAUAGUGAAAUAAAAAUUUGGCUUACCUAUCCUAUUUCCUUUGGCCAUGAAACCGGAAACAAACGUAUGUUUUACGCCUAACACCUACGUGAAAAACUACAAAAACUAAAGCUCAGUAGCCAAAAUUUUAAACAUAAACCCCGUUUAAUGGCACUGGAUAAACGCCAAAGACACAGAAAACAAAAAACAAAAAAUCACAAACAAGAAACAACAGCAUAAAAUUCCUGUUUAAUUCUGUUUAUUUCUCGAUAUCUUGUGCAUACAUAAUGUAUGUAUUCUUUCAAUGUAAUUUUCGUUAAAUGCUAAAGAAAUGAAAUAUAAUAAAAUCAAAUAAAAGCGUGGUUCUACUAACCUUUAAUAUGUUAGAAGACUGUGUAUGCUUAUAUUGUACAACUGUCAGACAAAAACAAACAUGAUGAAAGUCAAAUCCAUUGACUUUACGUAUGAAGCUGAAUAACGCUCUUACUAGUUUAAAAGGUGUCAAAAAUUGAUGAGUCAAUAACCAAGCAUGUGAAGAAAUUGUUAAAUCCGUUAUUGAUUGUACAUUUUUUCUCUUUUUUCAAAAUUAAGUUGCAUUCAUAUACAGUCGAAUCCCGUUCGCUCGAACUCUCUUGGCUCGAAUUGCUCGUUGGCUCGAACUUGAUAUAAAAAAUCGAUUUCUUUAUUCUUAAGGUAAAACAUCCCGCUUGGCUCGACGUUUUCGAGGCUCGAGGUAUUUUCGCUGGUCCUUGAAAGUUCGAGCCAACGGGGUCCGACUGUAUAUAAUGUUUUGCGAACAAUUCGAUACAGCAAUUCAUAGAAUACAAUAAUAAAAGAAACAAUCGUUCGUAUGAUGUUUACACGAUCGAUGUCCCCCUAUACUAAAUAUCAAUCGUAUACACAUCAUACGAACGUGUUGGUAUUAAUGUGUAUGAGUACAUGUAUUUAUACACACGCGCUUGUGUUUGUGAUUUCUGUUUGUUUGUUUUAUGAAUGCGCUUGGGUGUGCAAAUGUAUUCAUGAGUGUAUGCGUGAGCAUUAUUGUGUGUUUUUGUGUACAGGUGUAACCUAUCAAAAAUGCAUAGAAUUGUUGUGAAGGUUAAAAAUUUAAACUGUGUACUAAUAUAU